GAUGUGACAGUAGUUUGUUGUGCACAAUCAUGAUGGAGAUGUGCAGGUGACAGCCACAGGUGGUAACAUCGCCUUUCCUUCUUCAAACCAUCAUCUUCCUUGAACAUUUCAAGCAAAUAACAUGCAGACAACCAACUCGCAAGUCAAUCACUCGGAUAUCAUCGGUGCCCUGCAAAACAUCCUCGCCCAGUCAAAAGAAAUCGUAGGUCUAGCAGCUGAUCAUUUUUCCGAUGCCAACACUGAGCAUUAGCAGAUGUCAGACCUCAAGACACCGUACUCCCAAAUCAAUAUCCCCAAUACCAAUCCCUCCGCCGUUGAGCUCAAAGGCGAGAGUAUCAGGAACAUCGUCAUCGAACGCCAGCAGCAGCUAGAUGCAGUUUUGCUCCACAUCUCAGGGCUAGAAACAGUCAUGGACGGCAUCAAAAUUCUUCACCUGGAACUUGUCGAACAGAAGGACAAGAUCAUCCAGUCCAUGACUUUCCACAACGGACUCGUAUCGCCUCUCUGGCGCUUGCCAACUGAGAUCUUAUCCCAAAUUUUUCACCACUGUCUCCCAGAACACAAGUACUUGUCUCCCGCAUCGAAUCUGGCGCCCAUGCUGCUAACCAGAAUAUGCCGACAAUGGAGGGAGGUUGCUAUGGGAACACCCAGUUUAUGGUGCAGGUUGGUUGUAGACCUCAGAGACAGAGAUUGGGAGCAAGCGGCUGUCUACUAUGGCUCAUGGCUCAAUCGAUCACGAGGAUAUCUGCUCUCAUUAGCAUUCAGGGGCUGGUAUUCAUCCAAGCACCACAACCUUCUUCAGCCUUACAUCAAUCAAAUCUCAUCCCUUACAAUUGGCUUUGACGAAGCAGCGGAUAUUCCUGAACAUUUGUUUAAAGACCUCCCCGCGCUUCAGGAGCUGGUCGUCUUGGGUGGUUUUGGAAUUUCAGAUGCUAGUAUAUUCGGGCAACUUAUCUCGCGACUGCCGUUCACUAUGCGUAGUCUCGAUGUCUGGCAAUUGCCGGCGUUCGACAUCGUACACUUAUCUUCUUUCAAUCCCGCAUGGGCCCACUUGACGAUCGUCAAGAUUACCAUAAUUGAUCCGGAUGCAUUCCUUCACUUGCUCCGUCUAUGUCCCAACCUCUCCUCGUUAACGGUUGAUAUAGUGUUCCGCCGCACGCAAACCUUGGAGCCGCUCACGCACGCCAACAUUCAAUCCUUAUUCAUCGUGAUCAGCUCUUUUAUCGUACCCCUUUUACCUGGCCUGUUCAACGCUUUAACACUCCCCAAUUUACGUGUCCUUCAGGCGCGGUGCCACGACGAUGUACAAUGGCCUCAUAUGCAGUUGAGGUCACUUUUGGCACGGUCGAGGUGUCCUCUGGAGAGCCUGAUCUUCAGCGGUCAGGUGUCGGAUGCGCAGCAAGCGGAAUAUAUUGCCCUUAUUCCUUCCCUCGACAAAGUAGUCAGCAAAUAACACUUUCCGUAAGGCUCGGUUGUUACUCGCGAAGUAAUGAUACUGGGUCUGCCACCAGGUACAGUUUUCGUGCUGCGUAUCGUUCCGCUCACAUGUAUUUACAUGAGUACAUGUUUGAGAAAAUUUAUUGAAUGUAUGGAGAUAUACUGGGGAGCACAUACUUUCACGUACUGCAUGCCUUAGCUACCGUAGGACAAGUGAUAAAUGAUGUCCCUACUCAAUGACCUCAAUAACAACUUUUUCGCCAG